AUGGUCAACUCCUGUUGUGGAUCCGUCUGCUCAAACCAGAGCAGUGGCCAGGAGGCCUGCUGCCACCCCAGCUGCUGCCAGACCACCUGCUGCCGCCCCAGCUGCUGUGUGUCCACCUGCUGCCAGCCCUCCUGCUGUGGUUCCAGCUGCUGUGGCUCCAGCUGCUGCAGGCCCAGCUGCUGCAUCUCUAGCUGCUGCCGCCCCACCUGCUGCCAGACCACCUGCUGCAGGACCACCUGCUGCCGCCCCACCUGCUGUGUGUCCAGCUGCUGCCAGCCCUCGUGCUGUGGUUCCAGCUGCUGUGGCUCCAGCUGCUGCAGGCCUAGCUGCUGCAUUUCCAGCUGCUGUCGCCCCUCCUGCUGUGGAUCCAGCUGCGGUGGCUCCAGCUGCUGUGGCACUAGCUGCUGCCGCCCCUCCUGCUGCAUUUCUAGCUGCUGCCGCCCCUCCUGCUGUGGAUCCAGCUGCUGUGGAUCCAGCUGCUGUGGCUCCAGCUGCUGCCGCCCCUCCUGCUGCUGCCCCUCCUGCUGCCUGCGCCCAGUCUGUGGCCAGGUCUCCUGCCAUACCACCUGCUAUCGCCCCACCUGUGUCAUCUCCACCUGCCCCCGCCCCAUGUGCUGUGCCUCCUCUUGCUGUUGAGCUCCCUGCCCUCUAACUACCAUCUCUGCUUACCUCUGCCCCCCAGAUA